AUGGAAUCUCCCAGGACAGCAAUUGUUACAGGUGGUGCCGAUGGCUUUGGGGCAGCUAUUGUGGACAAGUUCAGCCAAGAAGGCUGGAAAGUCGUCAUUAUAGACCUGAAUAGAUCUGGGGGCGAAGCGAAGGCUCGCGGCGAUCCCAACCUACAAUUUGUCUUCGGCGAUGUAUCGAAGCAAGAGACGUGGGAGACACCACUGCACACAAAGUCCAUGGAGGAAUUUGAUAGGACCUUCAAUGUGAACGUCAAGGUGACCAUUUCAAUCCUCCACAUUAAAACCAAAUACUUACUCGAUGGGACUCAGCCUAUUUUCCUCAGCGCGUCCAAUUUCGCCCCGUUCAUGUUGGAACAAGGGCAUGGUGUCUUUAUCAACAUCACAAGUACUGGCUUCACCCGACCUCGACCAGGGUUUGCGAUCUAUAAUGCGUCAAAAGCGGCCGUCACGGGGUUCACCAAAACACUGGCACUCGAAUACGCACCAGUCAUCCGCUUCAACUGCAUUGCCCCCGCAAUUGGAAAUACUUCAAUGUUGAGAAAGUCUAUCGGGACUGGCGCUGGCUCUGAUCAGAAACUGCACACUGUUAUGGAGUCUAUACCAAUGAAGAGGGUCACUGAACCCCAAGACGUGGCAAAUGCCGCCUGGUACCUAGGUUCCGAUCAGAGCACAUUUGUGACCGGCACAACUCUGGAAGUGGACGGAGGAAGAGGAGUAUAG